AUGCCCUGGAGGAGGCGCAGGAACCGGGUGAGUGCCCUGGAGGGCGGCCGGGAGGAAGAGGCGCCCCCGGAGGCUGCCGCUGUGCCUUCGGCGCUGUUAACGUCCCCGCAGCAGACGGAGGCGGCGGCCGAGCGGAUUCUGCUCCGGGGCAUCUUCGAGAUCGGGAGGGACAGCUGUGACGUGGUACUGAGCGAGCGAGCACUGCGGUGGCGGCCCAUUCAGCCCCAGCGCCCAGCGGGUGAUUCUAAGUAUGACUUGCUAUGUAAAGAAGAAUUUAUUGAACUCAAAGACAUAUUCUCUGUGAAACUGAAACGGCGUUGGUCUGUUAAACAGCAGAGAAGUGGUACUUUAUUAGGUAUCACACUCUUCAUCUGCUUGAAAAAGGAACAAAAUAAACUAAAGAAUUCUACACUUGAUCUUAUUAAUUUAAGUGAAGACCACUGUGACAUAUGGUUUAGGCAGUUCAAGAAAAUAUUGGCAGGCUUUCCAAACAGACCGAAGUCAUUAAAAAUACUCCUUAACCCCCAAAGUCACAAAAAAGAAGCUACUCAGGUUUACUAUGAGAAGGUUGAACCUCUGUUGAAGCUUGCAGGAAUAAAAACUGAUGUAACAAUAAUGGAAUAUGAAGGGCACGCUCUGUCACUGCUUAAGGAAUGUGAACUCCAGGGAUUUGAUGGUGUUGUCUGUGUUGGUGGAGAUGGAUCUGCUAGUGAAGUAGCCCAUGCUUUGCUUCUGAGAGCCCAGAAGAAUGCUGGGAUGGAAACAGACCGAAUCCUGAUUCCUGUCAGAGCACAGCUUCCACUUGGCUUAAUACCAGCAGGAUCUACCAAUGUACUGGCACAUUCUCUUCAUGGAGUUCCUCAUGUGAUAACUGCAACAUUGCACAUUAUAAUGGGGCAUGUACAGCUGGUCGAUGUCUGCACCUUCAGCACCGCUGGCAAGCUUCUUCGCUUUGGGUUCUCAGCCAUGUUUGGCUUUGGUGGAAGAACUUUGGCUCUGGCAGAAAAAUAUCGAUGGAUGGCCCCUAACCAACGGAGAGAUUUUGCUGUUGUUAAGGCACUGGCAAAACUUAAGGUAAAAGACUGUGAAAUAUCAUUUUUACCAUUUAACAGCUCUGAUGAUGUGCAAGAAAGGAGGGCACAGGGAUCUCCCAAAUCUGACUGUAAUGAUCAAUGGCAAAUGAUCCAAGGUCAGUUCUUGAAUGUCAGCAUUAUGGCAAUUCCUUGCCUGUGUUCAGUGGCACCUAGAGGCUUGGCACCUAAUACCAGAUUAAAUAAUGGAAGUAUGGCUCUUAUAAUUGCCCGAAACACUUCUCGGCCAGAAUUUAUAAAACACCUGAAAAGAUAUGCCAGUGUAAAAAAUCAGUUCAAUUUUCCAUUUGUUGAGACUUACACUGUUGAGGAAGUAAAAGUUCAUCCAAGGAAUAUUACUGGUGGAUAUAAUCCAGAGGAGGAGGAGGAUGAAACUGCUUCAGAAAAUUGUUUCCCUUGGAAUGUAGAUGGUGAUUUAAUGGAAGUUGCAUCAGAGGUCCAUAUUAGAUUGCAUCCAAGACUUAUCAGUCUUUAUGGAGGAAGCAUGGAAGAAAUAAAUGAUUCCAAAGUAACAAGUAAUUGUUUCUAA